AUGGCCCUUAGCAGCAGCUCAGGCCCAGACAUCAUCAUGGCCCAGGUGGCAAGACUGCAGCAAGACCUGCACCUUGAAUACCAGGAGUGGACAGCACCACAAAGGAAGACCUGCCUGCCCUGCCAGAGCCUGUGGGGAUUCACUGUCCAUCAUCUGGGGACAGCGUCUUCCAUAUCAGCUCUCUCUGUGGUAUUUUGGGGUGUCCUUUUGUGGGCUGACUCCAUUUCCCUGCCAGCAUGGGCAAGAGAGACCUUCAUCCUUGGGGUGCUGGGACCCUGGGACUGUGACCCCAUCUUUGCCCAGGCACUCCCCAGCAUGGCUACACAGCUGGCUGUAGAUAGAGUCAACCAGGAUGCCUCGCUGCUACAGAGCUCACAGCUGGAUUUCAAGGUCCUCCACACAGCUUGUGAUACUCCUCAUGCCCUGGCCACAUUUGUGGCCCACAAGAAUACAGUGGCUGCUUUUGUGGGCCCUGUCAAUCCUGGAUACUGCCCAGCAGCAGCCCUGCUGGCCCAAGGCUGGGGCAAGUCCCUUUUCUCCUGGGCCUGUGGGGCUCCAGAGGGAGGAAGUGAGUUGGUAUCCACUUUGCCUUCUCCUGCCCAUGUGCUAUUGUCUGUCAUGAGGCACUUUGGCUGGGCUCGCUUGGCCAUUGUGUCCUCUCACCAGGACAUCUGGGUAGCCACAGCCCAGCAGCUGGCCAUAGCUUUCAGGGCCCAUGGGCUCUCCAUUGGACUGGUGACUUCUUUGGGACCCGGAGAGAAGGAGGCCAUGGAGGUUUGCAAGCAGCUCCACAGUGUGAAUGGUCUGAAAAUUGUGGUACUGUGCAUGCACUCAGCACUGCUGGGGGGCCCGGAACAAAGCACCCUGCUGCGCUGCGCUUGGGAAGAGGGCCUGACAGACGGGAGACUGGUUUUCCUGCCCUAUGACACUCUGCUCUUCGCCCUGCCCUACCACAACCGAUCAUACCUGACCCUGGAUGACCAAGGGCCCUUACAGGAGGCCUACGAUGCAGUACUCACUAUCAGCCUGGAGUCUGGUCCUGAGAACCAUGCCUUCGCUGCUCCCGAGGUGAGUGAGGGGCUGCUUUCCACCUGGGGACUUUCUCUUCCACAGGUGUCCCCACUCUUUGGAACUAUCUAUGAUGCUGUCAUCCUGUUGGCCCAUGCCCUGAACCACUCUCAGAACCAUGGAGCAAGUCUCUCAGGAGCUCACUUGGGGGACCACGUAAGAGCUCUUGAUGUGGCUGGCUUUAACCAGAGAAUCCGGAUGGAUGGGAAAGGCAGAAGGCUAGCCCGAUAUGUCGUACUGGACACAGAUGGUGAAGGAAGCCAGUUGGUUCCCACCCACCUUCUGGACACAACUACAUGGCAGGUGCAGCCCCUAGGAAAAGCUAUCCACUUUCCUGGAGGGAGCCCUCCAGCCCAUGAUGCCAGCUGCUGGUUCGACCCCAACACACUAUGCAUAAGAGGUGUGCAGCCCCCCGGCGGCCUCCUGACUCUGACACUGGCCUGUGUCCUGGCACUGGUUGGUGGUGUCCUUGCUUAUCUCAUCAGGCUUGGCUUCCAGCAGCUGCAGCUGUUGCGGGGCCCCCAUCGGAUCCUGCUGACAGCCCAGGAUCUCACCUUCCUCCAGCGGACCCCCAGCCGGCGGAGACUGCAUGUGGACAGUGGCAGUGAGUCAAGGAGUGCGGUGGAAGGUGGGAGCCCAAGGUCGGUGAUCCAGGGGUCAUCAAGAAGCCUGCCUGCCCUCCUGGAGCAUACCAAUGUGGCCCUGUACCAGGGAGACUGGGUAUGGCUGAAGAAGUUUGAAGCAGGCAUAGCUCCUGAGCUGAGGCCAAGCAGCCUCGGCCUCCUGAGGAAGAUGCGGGAGAUGCGGCAUGAGAAUGUUACGGCUUUCCUGGGCCUUUUUGUGGGACCUGAGUUUAGGGCUCUGGUGCUGGAGCACUGUUCCCGUGGCAGCUUGGAGGACCUGCUUCGGAAUGAGGCCCUGAGGCUAGACUGGACUUUCAAGGCCUCCCUGCUGCUGGAUCUGAUCAGGGGUAUGCGGUAUCUGCACCAUCGGCAUUUCCCCCACGGGCGCCUCAAGUCCAGGAACUGUGUGGUGGACAGUCGUUUUGUGCUCAAGAUCACUGACCAUGGCUAUGAAGAGUUUCUGGAAUCUCACUGUUCUCCUAGGCCGCAGCCGGCCCCUGAAGAGCUUCUGUGGAUGGCUCCUGAGCGGCUGCGGGGGCCUGGGGGGCCUGGGAAGGCCAGUUUCAAAGGCGAUGUCUUCAGCCUGGGCAUCGUCCUGCAGGAGGUACUUACCCGAGGCCCACCCUACUGCUCCUGGGGACUCUCAGCAGAAGAGAUCAUCCAGAAGGUGGCAUCUCCCCCUCCUCUGUGCCGGCCACUGGUGUCCCCUGAUCAGGGUCCCCGUGAGUGCAUCCAGCUGAUGCAGCAGUGCUGGGAGGAAUCUCCAGAGGACAGGCCAAGCCUGGACCAGAUCUACACACAGUUCAAAAGCAUCAACCAAGGCAAGAAGACAAGUGUUGCUGACUCCAUGCUGCGGAUGCUGGAGAAGUAUUCCCAAAGCCUGGAGGGCCUGGUCCAGGAGCGCACUGAAGAGCUGGAACUGGAGCGGCGGAAAACAGAAAGGCUGCUCUCACAGAUGCUCCCUCCGUCUGUCGCCAAUGCUCUGAAGAUGGGAACAACUGUGGAGCCAGAGUACUUCGACCAGGUCACCAUCUAUUUCAGUGACAUCGUGGGCUUCACCACCAUCUCAGCCCUGAGUGAGCCCAUUGAGGUGGUGAGUUUCCUCAAUGACCUCUACACGCUGUUUGAUGCUGUUCUGGACAGCCAUGAUGUGUACAAGGUAGAGACCAUUGGAGAUGCCUACAUGGUGGCAUCUGGGCUCCCUCGGCGCAAUGGGAGUCGGCAUGCAGCUGAGAUCGCCAACAUGGCCCUGGACAUACUUAGCUAUGCAGGCAACUUCCGGAUGCGGCAUGCACCUGAUGUACCCAUCCGUGUCAGGGCUGGUCUGCACUCAGGACCAUGCGUGGCAGGUGUUGUGGGUCUGACCAUGCCUCGGUACUGCCUCUUUGGGGACACUGUCAACACUGCUUCCCGGAUGGAAUCGACAGGGCUGCCAUACAGAAUCCAUGUUAGCAGGAGCACCGUCCAGACCCUGCUCAGCCUUGACGAAGGCUACACAAUUGAUGUCAGAGGUCAGACUGAACUAAAGGGGAAGGGCUCUGAGGAAACCUACUGGCUGACAGGGAAGGUGGGAUUCUGUAAGCCCCUCCCUACACCUCUGCCUAUCAGACCUGGAGACCCAUGGCAGGAUCACAUAAACCAAGAAAUCCGGACGGGCUUUGCCAAAGCGCGGCAGGGUCUGGCUGAGCCCAGGAGACCAGGGGAGGCUGGGCCAGGUCCCUGAAUGGAAGUCGGUGGG